AUGAACCACUCCUACAUCCCUCCGAGUCUAAUUGGCUCUGCGAUUGGUCAACUCCCUCCUGGCUCUAAUCGGUCUCGCGCUCGUCAAGGGGCCAGUAUUCAGGCUCAUUAUACCAGUACUUCUCCCUAUACUCCUCAUCCUGGUCAUCAUCAUUAUAGUUACCCGCUCAACCGACCAGAAACAACAACACAAACGGUGUCCCCUUCUACACUAAGGUCCUCUGGUGAUUAUGGAUUGCCUAGUAGCAGGUUAGAUCCUUCCGUCUGGUUACCACCCAGCGGUGCCACGGCGCGUUAUACAACACAACUUGCUGGUGCCUUGUCUCCCACCAGGAGGGGGGCAUCGGCCUUUGAUAUGGUACCAAUUAUCAAAGCCCGGAUCGAAGCCAAACUGGGAGAAGUUGGGACCCUGGAACCACCACAGAUAUCACAAGUGACUGAUCACGCUGUGGAUGGACUUUCUAGGGAGGGAGCCAUGUUGUCCGUGAGACCUGGUCGGGCGUACAUUCUCACUUGUCUUUGCAUAUCAACGGCACAGUGGCUGCAAUUGUUGAGCUCCCUGUGA